ACACAAACAAUCACGUGGAAACAGUUUAAAUAUAUCAGUGGGAAGUGAGUUUUAUCAUUUCUGAUCCCUCAGUCCUCUUUCUACAAGACUGAACAUGAAUAAACUUUUUCAACUGUAAAUGCUUGAGGCGAACUAAACUAGUUUGAUAAGGGCAAAAUGAGGCAGGAAUGGGAAGCUGAAAAAAACCAAAAAGCGUCUGCUUUUCAGCUGUGGAGCUGCUAUACCCGGAGAGUCGUCUUGCUGCAGUUUCAGCCUAUUUACCAAGCUGCUUCUCGGAUUACAGUUGAUCCCGCCCCCUCACCACACAGCUUAAGCCAGUGGUGAGGCUGCUUUUCUGCAUGGAGGCGUUGCUUUCAGGCUUAACCGCCUGGUUGCCUAGGGAACCGGGCAGCAGAGACAGACGGGUUGGGGAAAAGAAAGCGUUUCCAGGUCAGCUCAAACAUGGAGAGAGGAGCAGAGAGACAAAGAGGAGGUGAUAGGGAGGUGGUAGAGGAAAAAGGCUCGGUGGAGAGGCAAUGGGGGGAGGCAGAGGUGCUGGCUCUCAUGUCUGUGUGGGACGAGGUGGGAGCUCAGCAUGUAGCUGAGAGCAGAACCACAUUUGAGUUGAUCUCAGAGCGUCUGAGGAGGCUUAGUGUUGUGCGCAGCUGGUGGGAGUGUCAGGCCAAGUGCAGGAGCCUGGGACUUAAGAGCAGGAAGCCUGAAGCAGCAGGCCCAUCAGCAAACUACAGCCCAGGAGUGGAUGGAAGGCCGGUGGAGGGCUGGGAGGAAGAGGUGGAAGAUGUGGGUAAUCAAAGAGGAAUCUACCCUUCCUCAGUCACAAUCUCAAUGCAGGAAGGAAUCAAGAGUCGAAUCCAUCUGGCUCUUCCUUACACUUCAAGUGUGGCUGAAGAGGGGGGCCGCCACUGGACAGAUGAUGAGGUACGAGCACUGUUGUGCAUCUGGGCUGACCGGCAUAUUCGAGAGCGCUUGAAGUGCACGCUACGCAACAAGUCCAUCUUCCAAGAGAUGGCCCGUCAGAUGCAGAGAAACUUUGGGGUGAUACGUAACUGGAAACAAUGUCGAACAAAAUACAAGAACUUAAAAUAUGACUACAAGACCGCCAAGAGCGCUCACGCUGCUGGAGGCAGCGUAGCGGGAGGCCCCGGGAAGUACAUGAAGUUCUUUGAUGAGGUGGAAGCCAUUCUGCUGGACCGUGGACUGGAAAAUGGGACUCUGGAGAUGCAGAGGAGGUUGUAUGAUGGAGAAAUGGGAGCUGGGAGGCUACAAACACCAGCAGGCAACACAGCACAGACAGCUUCAGAAAAUGAGGUUGUCAUAGAAAUUGAUGAUGAUGACACCAGUGAUGAUUACGAUAUGGAUGGCGACAUGGAAGCAAAAUGGAGAGGGACAGGUGCCCAUCUAACACCCACAGAUCCAUCCUGCUCUGACCAGUUCCACGUGGUCACUGUGUCAGACACGGGUCGAAACUGGAGUGACCAGGAGGUGCGUGCACUGAUUCAGGUCUGGUCUGAUGAGCGUGUGUGCAGGCAGUUGGAGAGCUCAACCAGAAAGAGAGACAUCUUUGUCCAGAUCUCUAACAGGUUAAUGCAGCAAGGCAUUGAACGUGACUGGAAACAGUGCCACACCAAGUACAAAAACCUCAAGUACCUUUACCGGUCCCUCCAAAGGGGCAAGACUGAUGAAACUGACCCAAGACGCCUUAUGAGGUUCUAUGAUGAGGUGGAUGCCAUUAUGAAUCACGCAACUAAUGGCUCACCUGCAAACCACCAACCAGAUUCAGGCGGACUUACGAUGCUGGAGGACUGCGAGGAGAACGAUCAUGCAGAUGUCAUUCUGACAAAGUCAAACACAGUGUCGACGAUGGUGGACGCGAUGGAGGAGAGAACAUGUAGUUCUGAUUCUGUCUCGUCUAUAAGCCUCGAUGCUACACCAAACGAUGAAGAACCAAGGCUGCAUCCAGGCAACGGGCACCGCUUGGAUCAAGAGCACAGAUUAAUGAGCUCUUCUGAAACUACAGCAGAAAAUGCAGAUACUCUAUCAGCAAACAGAGGAAUGAAGAGGAAAGCUGUGGAUCAAGACACCACACUCCAGAUACCAGUAAAAAAAAAACUGGUCACUGGCCCCAACUGUGCUGAUAACAUGAAAGCCCAGUGUAAAGAAGAGCAGGAACACAUCCCGAUAAUAAAGAUCAGUUCAGUGUGUUCAAUGGCCUCCCCUAAUCCAUCUCCUGGGAGACAGGUAAUCUUAAUCACAUGUGACAAAAUGUUACACAACUAAAGCAAACUUGUCAUUAGUCAUAAAAGCCUGUAAUGUCCAGAAAAGAUAUGAUGGUGCUGUGCUGGGGGAAAAGACAAUGUAAACUACAUUUUACAGCCUAUUUCUGCCUUGAGGAUGUGUUUGAAUAUUUGAAUACUUGAAUAUUUGAGAGUGAGACUGUUGCUUGUUGACAUUUGUCAUGGCUCCUCUGGGGGAAAACACUGCAGCAUCCUUACUGUCUGGCGAUUUAUUUUUCCACGUUCAUGUGACUCCUUUGUGGCUUUAAUUCAACAUGUGUAACAUUAUUUUCUCAGCACAGUGCUGAAAAAAAACAAUGCUGCCUCGAGUCACGCGUUUAACAAACCAAUUUUGUCACAUUUAAUCAGACACGCAAACUAUGUAUGACGUGAGUGUCGCUGUUUACUCCAAAAUACAAACAAACAAACAAAAAACCUACAACACUUUAACUUUCUUUUUCUUUGUUUUGCAUGUGUCAUUGAAAUUAACGUUAGCUAUUAAAAGUAGCUUUGUCCGUUACUGGGGGGGGAGUAACAGUCAUGUUUAAAAUAUGCGCGCACACACACCUUUCUGUU